AUGACCUUCGCGGUCAACUUUCGCAACCACCUCACGACACUUCCGGACCAUUCUCUAGGCAACACGGUCUUCCAAUCCCGAGUGUACUUCCAAAUACCCGUCUAUGAGCUCCCAGAUCUCGACUUACUGGGGAACUUGAUCCACUUGCACCCGUUACAAGGGUCCGGAAUAGACACCAGAAGUUUGUUAGAGAUCGCAAACCAAGCCUUCCAAUCCGGUGCUGGGAUUCUGGCCUACGACGACGCAUCUCUGCGCAGCUGGAUGGCCUUUAUUACUAUGCAGCCGGACUAUGAGUCCAUGAACUUGCGCUACGGAGAUACCAUCGCCUCUAGCUGGCGUGAUUUGAAGAUCAACUCGCUGGACUGGGCCAGGUUGACAACUUUGAGCUCAACAUCGGUGUUGCCGACGGGGCGUGCACCCUAUUGCCAGAGACAAAGCCAGACCAUUCAGCGACAGCCCCGAAGGCGCCGUGGGAUGUCCGCAUUUCUCUCAAGAUGCAACAUUUGA